CUAACUCUAAAGCGCUCGAGAGAGAGAGAGAGAGAGAGAGAGAGAGAGAGAGAGAGAGAGUUGAUGAUGUGCUUUUGUUUCUUCACUCGUUGUGUUCAGUGAAGUGAGCUGAAAGGUGUUUGGAGGAUUUACACUGAAUUCCACACAUGAAGUCUCUGUCCUACACCAGCAGCAUGGACUCCACGAGAAAGGACAGUUUCCUGUGGGGGAAAGCUCCAUCAGGUUUCAGUCAGAAGGAGAAGAAGCCGACAGAACCCAUCACAAUGCAGAAGAACAACAUCCUCGAUGAUAUCCAGAAACUCCGGCUGGAGAUCGAGAACGUUAUGAGUGAGAUCCACACCAUGGAGUCCAACGAGGAGAAUAAGAACAUCGUCAUGAGCAGAAUGUUCCUCUGUGGCAAGAAGAAGUUCAACAUGGACCCCGUGAAGGGGAUUCAAUACCUGUUAGAUAAUGAUCUGUUGGAUGAAACUCCAGAAGUAGUGGCUGAGUUUCUGUAUAAAGAGGACGGACUCAACAAAACAGCCAUCGGGAACUUCCUCGGAGAAAGGCAGGAGUUCCACCUGCAGAUCCUGAAAGCCUUCGUAGAUCUUCACGAGUUCUCGGACCUGAACCUGGUGCAGGCUUUGAGGCAGUUUUUGUGGAGUUUUCGUCUCCCGGGUGAGGCUCAGAAGAUCGAUCGCAUGAUGGAGGCAUUCGCUCAGAGAUACUGCACCUGCAACAACGGUGUCUUCCAGUCCACAGACUCGUGUUAUAUUCUGUCCUUCGCCAUCAUCAUGCUGAACACCAGCCUGCACAACCCCAACGUCAAGGAGAAAACCACUCUGGAGGGCUUCAUCAGCAUGAACCGAGGAAUUGACCAUGGAGGAGAUCUUCCUAGUGACCUUCUGACGAAACUGUACGAGAGCAUCAGCAGUGAACCGUUUAAGAUCCCAGUGGAUGAUGGGAACGAUCUCACACACACCUUCUUUAACCCUGACCGAGAGGGAUGGCUGCUCAAAGAGGGGGGCAGAGUGAAGACCUGGAAGAGGAGGUGGUUUAUUCUGACGGACAGCUGCCUCUAUUACUUCCAGUACACCACUGACAAAGAACCUAAAGGGAUCAUUCCUCUGGAGAACCUGAGCAUCAGAGAGGUGGAUGAUCCUCAUAAACAGUUCUGCUUCGAGCUAUUUAUGCCUCACAGUAAAGGACAGAAGAUAAAGGCGUGUAAAACAGAUCCGGACGGAAAAGUGGUGGUGGGGAAACACAGCGCGUACAAGAUCAAGGCUUCUUCUGCUGAGGAGAGAGACGACUGGGUUCAGGCUAUCAGGGCCUGUAUCACUAAAGAUCCGUUCUAUGAUCUGGUGUCUGCUCGCAAAAAGAAAAUCAUCAACAACAACAACAACUCAGAGUAAAUUACACAGGAGGGGUUUAUUUGUUAAUUUAUUCCUGAUUCUGGUAUAUUUCAGACUCUGAUCAUUUACUGAGUCUCAGGAGAUGCUGAAAGUCUGAGUUAAAGUGAAGCAGCCAUACUGACACUCUCUCUCUCUCUCUGUCUCUCUCUCUCUCUCUCUCUGUCUCUCUCUCUCUCUCCUGUAUAUAAGCAUUAACUAUGAAUAUGUGGGUGGAGUUAGUCUGUGGGCGGGGUCUAGUUCACUGUGUUGUGUGUUAUAAAAGGCUGUAGAAUGUAAUGUAAAUGUUUAUUAUCUAAUCCAGGUUCUGAAGCUGUCACUGUAGAUACACGUUCUUGGGUUUGUGGGUGAUGUGGGAUGUUUUUCUCUGCUGUAAAAACUUAUUUGUUUUGAUUAUUAGAUUUGAUUUGAUUAUAAGACUCAAUUUGUUGUGGUGUAAUGAAGUGUUUUCCGCAAACAGGAAGUCGUUUAUUCCUCUUACACCACAACAAUUUCCCCAAUUUCUUUUUAUUAAAGAACAUCAUAUUUUUAAUUAUUAUAUUUCAUAAUUCAUUCAUCUAUAGUUACAUUAAAUGUCUUUGAAGUGAGUUACUUCCUGUUGUCACUUCUGUAAUAGCAGCUAUAAACACUCGCUCCCUCAGCAGCCUCGCUUUAUUCUCACUCAAUAAAACAAAAAAAGUUUUGCAGUUUGUCGUGAAUCAAAGCAAAGAAGCGUAAACUCCUCUGUCCUGAAGAUGCUGGGAGAAGUAAAGUAAAGGAGCUGUUGCUAUGGAAACGAUAUCAAUGUGAGUGCAUUAUAUAUAAACCUGUGCUACUCUUCUAGAGAAUUAAUCAACACCUCCUAUCAGCUCUGUGGUUUAGGUUUAUUCAUGGUCUUUAAAUGUACAACAUGAUGUAUGAAAUGUGAAAUGAAGGCACCUUUGGCACUGACACAUUUUAAAGAUGUACAGUUUGAAAAAAUGAUGUAUAUAGA